AUGGUCACAUACUACUGCAAUGACGAACAUUACACAACAAAGGCCCGGGUCAGGACACAGAGCAGGAACAGAAACCACAGUGCUGAGAAAGCCUCGGAACGCCUGCACGCGACCGUCGCCGACCUCAUCCCUGUCAUAGAUGUCCGACAGGGCCAAUACGAGGCAGCGUACAGGUUUAUCUACGGGAAAACGAAACACAGAGUCCGCAGACCAAAUGACCAGGUCCCGGCGGUUAGACUCGCCGAGGCGCGCCGAAGCUUUAGGGAAAUCCAUUUGAACGCCAGCCUGGGCCAUCAAGUUAUCCUCACCUUGAUGGCAAUCAGGGCGCUGCGACACGUCCAGGAUAUAAUGAACUUGAACGUCGCUUUUGGCCAACGCGGCACAAAUGAACGUGGGAGAGCUCUCCCACAAGAAAUCAUCGAUCUCGUGUGCGAGCACCUGGGCAGCGUCUUCCUCGAGAACCUCUUCGGCUUCGAUCUCAGCAAGGCCACGUCGUACGCCUCAUGGAGGCGAAGCAAGAUACGGGAGAUGCAAUGGGUGGUCACAAAGUGCGUGUACGACACUGCCCGCAGCAACAAGCAUAUCUGGCUGCAGAUGCUGGACACGGAUAGGUCUGCGGCUCCCGGCAAGUUCGGCCAGUUUAGCACCAAAGAGGGCUGGGACGUGGAGAAAAUGGCCGGGGUGGUUGCUGUUCGACAGUACCAGGUGUGGAUGGAGACACCCGGGUCCUUUGACAUCCUUAGGAAGGCCAUGGCGAAGGCGGCCAGAUGGGGUUCUGAGCAGGGGUACUGUUGGCCGAUUGAGCGUCAAGUCGAACUAGACUACAUUGAGGGUAUGCCAGUACCUCAUCAUUAUCACACGUAA